AUGGAGAAUAUUGAGAAUGUUAAGCUAUUCUUGAAGUCGCUUGAUAGUUCUUUAGCACAAUACGAACAUGCUCUACAGCCAUUACUCUCCAGGACAAUUGAUGAGCAUUUAGCUUUAAAGUCAACAAAUAUAGAUAAGAUCCAAUUUUUGAAUAAUUUCCAAUAUGUACUCAUAUCUACUAUAUUUUCCUAUCUCAAAGCAAUUGGUGUGGAUACGGAUCAGCAUCCUAUAAAAAAGGAGCUAGUCCGUAUCAAGAGCUACAUGUUGAGAGCCAAGGCUCUUGAUAAAAGAGCAAGUGGUGGCCAGCAGAACAAGAGUAAACAAGAAGAGGAGGAAAAAAAUCGGGAGAAUAAGGAAUACUUAACAAGGACAUUGGGUAUAAAAAGUGGUGUUGUCGGUAUGGUGAAAGAUACAAGUCCAGCUAUCAGUACUCAAAGCUUUCAAGGAAUUCACAAAAGAUUUAAGGAUGAUGAUGAAGAAGAAGAAUCGGAUGAUGGGUUGGAGAAGCAGCAAGAGGAAUCCCCAACAAGAGAAAACGACGUGAAAGGGAAAAAGAAAGCCAAGGACAGAAAAGAUGUAGGAACAACCACAAACAGUGAAAAUACAGUAUUGUCUGUUUCUAGUCUGGCGAGGAAGAAAAAGCAUGAUAAAGCAAAAACGAAAACGAAAACGAAAACGAAAACGAAAAAACUGGGAAAAGUAACCAAAUCACUUUAG